AUGUACCAACGGCGCACCUUGCGCCGUUUGCAGGAUCUCUGCAGUGGCCGAGGGUUUUCUGACCGAGCACGCCUGCUAGAAGACAUCCGAGACAGGGCAAAGCACCGCACCGAAGUGGCCAAUGCGGUCCAGCGUUUGCUGCAGCACGGCCCUCUCAAAAAUGCGGAGGAGGCCGCGAUUUGCGCCGCGGCUUUGUCAAGGCGCAAGCUCUGGGCGCAGGGUCUGGAGUUGGUGAAGGACUUUGAGGGCGCUGGCAGCACCACAGGACUGAACGCAGCCAUCAACACCUGCCGAGCUGGAUCAAACUGGGAGCUGGGCUUGUGCUUGGCCAUGGAAAGUGCGGCCGAGUGGGACGGCAUCACCUACUCCAUGGUCCUCUCGGCUUGCAGUAGAGGCAGCCGUUGGGAGCUCGCCGUGCAGCUCCUGCAGCGCGCGGACCGGCUCAGGCUCGGAGUGGGCAGCCACGUGGCGUCUGCCGCGAUCAGCGCCUGCGGCAAAGGCAAGAAGUGGGAGGAGGCACUGGCGAUCCUGGAUCGCGCAUCUUCGACCGAUGCGCCAGAGACGCUGUUGGCUGCUGCCAUUGAUGCGUGCCGACGAGCAGAUCGUUGGGAGGCUGCCGUCGCCGUGUUCCAAAGAUUGCGGGACUCAGGGGCCUCCUCUGCGGAGGGUGCCGGAGCGGCAGUGUCUGUCUUGGCACACAGCACUCAUUGGGCAGAGGCAUUGCAGCUCUUUGAGUCAGAGUUCCUGCGACCCAGUGCACGAGCCUUAGCAGCUGGACACGAGUGGUAA